AUACCAACUGCAGGAAAAGAACAGGACUCCCUUUUUCUACAGCAGCUCCGUUGACGGAAUUAAAAAGCUGUGGAGCGAGGGCAGCGGGAAAUUUUUUAACCUCUUCAAAGGAAACCUCUAUCGCUGCUCCCUGGUGUGCCUCAGCAUGACCAUGAACGUCACCAUUAUAGACCUAUACAAGCAGUUCGCAUUACAAAAGGGGGCUGCACAGAAGGGGGAAUGUUUUCCAUGA